CCUGCGCCGCGCCCCCGCGCGCCCCCCGCGCCCAGCCUGCGGGGGGCCGGGCCUGCGGGCGGCCGGCGCGGCGCGCACCCAUGGACGGUCCGGCCAUCAUCACCCAGGUGACCAACCCCAAGGAGGACGAGGCCCGCUCUACCGCCGCGGGCGAAAAAGCUUCCCAGCGCAGCGUCAGCCUGAAGAAGCAGAGGGGUCGUAGCAUCCUCAGCUCCUUCUUCUGCUGCUUCCGAGACUACAAUGUGGACGCCCCGCCCCCCAGCAGCCCCAGUGUGCCUCCAUCUCUGGUGGAGGAGAAUGGUGGGCUUCAGAAGGGUGACCAGAGGCAGGCCAUUCCCGUACCAAGUCCACCAGCUAAAUACCUCCUUCCAGAGGUGACGGUGCUCGACUAUGGAAAGAAAUGUGUGGUCAUUGAUCUGGAUGAAACCCUGGUGCACAGUUCAUUUAAGCCCAUUAGUAAUGCUGAUUUCAUUGUUCCUGUUGAAAUCGAUGGGACUAUACAUCAGGUGUACGUGCUGAAGCGGCCGCACGUGGACGAGUUCCUCCAAAGGAUGGGGCAGCUCUUUGAGUGUGUCCUCUUCACAGCCAGCUUGGCCAAGUAUGCAGACCCCGUGGCCGACCUCCUGGACCGAUGGGGUGUGUUCCGGGCCCGACUCUUCAGAGAAUCCUGUGUUUUCCAUCGGGGUAACUACGUGAAGGACCUGAGUCGCCUGGGACGGGAGCUGAGCAAAGUCAUCAUUGUUGACAAUUCUCCUGCCUCCUACAUCUUCCAUCCCGAGAAUGCAGUGCCUGUGCAGUCCUGGUUCGACGACAUGACGGACACGGAGCUGCUGGACCUCAUCCCGUUCUUCGAGGGCCUGAGCCGGGAGGACGACGUGUACAGCGUCCUGCACAGACUCUGCAGCAGGUAGCCCUGGCCGCACCCGCCCUCCUCUGCACUCCGGAAGCCCCGGUCCCGGGACGCCUGGCCUCAGCUCCCUGAGUGGAGCCCGAGAAGACCCCGUGCUCGGGGCCACCAGGGUGAAUGUUGCCAUGCCUACCUGGUUUAUUUUUUAAAGAACAGAAACAACUAUUUUAAAGAAGAAGAAGAAGAAGAAGAAAAAAACUCUUUUAAUAGAUUUCAUAAAAGAACAUGCAUUUUACCAGAUUCGAUUUUCUUAAAACAUACCAAAAAGAAAAACAAAGGAAAAAAAAAAAAAAAAAAAAAAAACCUUGAUAUCUUUCCAACUUCCUUUCAGCUGACCUCCCCUUCCGCACAGACCACCUGUCCUCUUUGCUGCAGUUUGGAGCAGCUGACCCAACUCAGAAUCUCUUUCCUACAGGAUGAAGUGCCUUUUUGAAUGUUAUUUUAAGCUGAAAGUUAAUUUUUGUAUACAGCCUAUUUCCAAACAUCUUUUAGUCUUUUACCGUCUUAGAUACUCUCAGAAGACAAACAGGACACUUUUAUAGGACCUGGUAGCCUGGGGGGGGGGGGGAGUGUGUGGCCUGGGAGAACAGUGGGCCACAGGAGCCUGCCUCCCACCUGUGGCGUGCGCAGGGUCGGCUCCCUCUGACAGGCCUUUUCUGUGACUGUCAUGGCUCCCGCUCGUUCCUGACCAGUCUGGAAUGUACCUGCCACUGGCCCAAUGCUUUAGGAAACAGCCGAUCCCUUGUAUUACGGUUCCUGAUGUUGAUGUGUCUUCAGGUUGCAUUUUUCACCCUUGAGAAAUGACAUUAUGUGUCCUGUCUGCUUUCCCACAACUGCCACAUGUCUGUCCCUUGUUCUGUUAUUGGGUGAGGAGAAUGGUUGCCGAAAACCCCAAGACCCUUGGAUCGUUAAGUCUUUCCUUUCAAAAGCUGGGUACACGUGGAGCUGUUUGGGACUUUGCUGCUACCGCGCUGCCACCAAACGGACCUGACCAGCGGCUGUUAACACUGUUCUUUGCCACUGUGCCUACGCUCAGAAUACACUCACCGCUAAGCUGCAGGCUCUGACGGCCACCAAGAAUGCUGAAGGGCCAGAGCACGGCUUGGGUGUGGCAUCCUCUCCAGUCAGCAUCCAGUCAUCCCGAGCCCGGGACAGAGCUCGCCAGUCCCCCUCGCCCAGCCGCCACACCGGUGAGGCUCAAGUCCAUCUCUCAGCCUCUUUGGAAGCACAGCCUCUUCGAGCCAAGGGUUGGAGAAGCCUGUCCAGGUGGAAGGCCCGUCGCUCCGAACCGGGGAGAAGGGCUCUUCCCCGUGGGGCCUCUGCCCAGCCGUUCCCUGUCUGACGUCUAACAGUACUGUGUUACAUAAAAGAGCCCCUUUGUGCUGGCACCGUUGCCUUAGUCCUCUGUGGGUUGGGCCUCAGCCAGAGUUCUGCUGGGAGUUGCUGGCACUAGUAAGACUCAAAAUCAAGGGUCAAACUUAAGACAAUUUUUUUUUCUCUCUCAUUCAUAAAAUAAUGAAGCCAGACACAAGGCCUCUCUUCCCACAGUGCCUGGUCUGGGGAAGCCACUGUGCAUUCAAAACAGAAAUGUAUAGGGUCAUCAGCUCUCCUGACAAGUGUUUCCAAACCCUGUGAAUCCUGUGCCAAGCAAAAUAGAAACUGCCCCUUUUCUAAGCAUUGCCUCGGGUCACACAGUUACUUGUAGAUCCGUACACGCCAUGAACCCUCAUGGAAAACCAGUCCUUUACCGAUCCCACUGCCUUAAGUGUCUUGGGCGUUUCAGAGUCCGCGCGUGUUGACUUCCACAGGCAACGAGGCCUGGAUGGGAAGCCCACACCUUCACCUCUGCCUCUGGGUGUGGUGUCACAGGGCCUUAUCUGAGAAAGGGCGCAGAAUGGACUGAAAUCCCAGAAUAUUUCAGGGGAAGCGAGCCUAGACAUAGCGCUCUACUUCAGACAGGUUCAAGGCCAACCCUUGGCCUUAGAGUUCCAGAGCUGCGCGUCCAGGCCGAGCCUCCAGUGGGGAACCCGUUCUUGCCACCCCAAGCUUGGAAUGUCUCGGGUGGGCAGCAAAGCCUCUGAGGGUUCUGAAAUCUGCACCUUAUUUGACCAGGCUCCAAAAUGCCAAUUUUUCUUUCUUUUUAAAAAAAAAAUCCGCUUUAUGUACAUAAUUGAAAAAAAAUCUAUAUUUUUAAUCAGUUACAUGUAAAUGAAGCAAUAGAAUUCUAACAAGGCCAAGAAAGGAGACGAAUGUGUGAGGUUUAUUUUCGUAAGGUAAAUACGGGUAUUGCUUUUAAUUGUUAGUGUAUUAAAGUGUGGGCUUGAAAAGUUAUCAGCCACUUCUCUGUGCCAUAUCCCUCCCAUGUUACCAAAACACUCCAUCUCCUUAACCAGAAGAAACACUGGCCUCCCUAGUUCCAUGGUCCUCUCAGCUCCGGGCCUGCUAGACAGUGCUUUUGAGGUGAUGGUCUGGGACAGGGUGGCUUGGGUCUGUGGACUCACAGCCUACACCUUUUGCUUGACCUCAAGUGGGGCUUCCUGAGCACCCCAGGCCCCUGAUGUUACUGCUCUGUCUUCCAUUUGUUCCGGAAUCCUCCAUGUUGGUCUGUGGUUCCAUGCACUAGCUGUUUGUAAACAAUGCAUUUGCGUCCUAAUCACGCCGCCUGUCACAGGUGGCAGGGAUUCCUCUGACACGGCGCAAUGUCGUGAGGUGACUUUGGGGGACAUGAGGAAGUCCACAUGACACUAACCUGUCGUGGUUACAGCAUUUGAAGUUGGGGUACGAAACCUGUAAGUGUGUAGAGCCUGGCAGCGUUUUACAGUCCUGUGGUUUAAAAGAUGGCUUUCUAAUAAAAUCCGGAAACACGCAGCCCUAUUGGUCAAACACUCGUGACGUUUGUGCCUCUGCUUCUCAUGGUGCUGUGCUGGACAGCUGGCAUGCCAGGGUUUGAGAAGGGCAGACGGCCUACUGUGCUGACAGUUCCCUGCACAGACUUGCUGGCUGCCUCUGUUCCUGUUCUACUGUAAACCUGACCAUGCCUAAGCCUGGAGCUGCCCUCAGGAUGGAUACCCCCGGCAGUGCUAAUGCUGGUGCCUGGAGAAUUACAGUUUUCUGCUGGACGUUCUUAUGUGAUGAUCCAGCGCUGCUUGGGAAACCCUGCCUGUGGGGUGCGUGCGAUUCUAGGGGCGAGUGUUGUCAAUCAGUGAUUUCCCUCCUGCCAAAAAUAAACUCCUCGAACUGCA